GGAGUUGAUAUUAUUUGGUUGGUUUAGGAAUCUUGCUGGGGUCAAAGAUGGUAGAGAUAUUAGCGAAUGGAGGAGCGAAUUUCCAAUCAAGAAUGACUUUUUAUGUGGUCUUCUGUUGGAUUCUUGCGGCCUUUGGAGGCCUAAUGUUUGGUUAUGAUAUUGGGAUUUCAGGUGGUGUGACAGCCAUGGAUGAUUUCUUGAUCAAAUUCUUUCCUGCUGUCCAUGAAAGAAAGCUUCUUGCCAAAGAAAACAAUUACUGCAAAUAUGAUGACCAACUGGUUCAGCUUUUCACAUCUUCAUUGUACCUGGCUGCUCUUUUUUGGAGCUUUGUUGCUUCAAAACUUUGCUCCAAAUUUGGUCGAAAACCCACCAUUCUAUUAGCCUCUCUCUUCUUCCUUGCUGGUGCUGGCUUGAGCGCUGGUGCUCGUACCAUGUGGAUGCUCAUUCUAGGCAGAAUCCUUCUCGGCUUCGGUGUCGGAUCCGGCAAUGAGUCCGUUCCUCUGUUUUUGUCAGAGAUAGCACCAGUUCAGCACCGCGGAGCAGUGAACAUUCUCUUCCAAUUGUUUGUAACAAUUGGGAUUCUUAUAGCAAACUUGGUAAACUAUGGAACUUCAAAGUCGCAUCCAAAUGGAUGGAGAAUUUCAUUGGGUCUUGCAGGUGUUCCAGCUCUUGUACUCCUCAUUGGGUCCUUUAUCAUCAUGGAGACACCGACGAGCUUGAUCGAGCGAGAAAAAGACGAUGAGGGUCACAAAGUACUAAAAAAGAUCAGAGGUGUUGACAAUGUUGAUGAAGAGAUGAAGCAAAUUAAAAUGGCUAGAGAUGUGGCUAAGCAAGUCAAGCAUCCAUUGAAGAAGCUUUUCAAGAAAUCAAGCAUGCCACCACUAAUUAUCGGCAUUUCUAUUCAAGUAUUUCAACAGUUUACGGGAAUCAAUGCAAUUAUGUUCUAUGCUCCUGUUCUGUUUCAGACUGUUGGGUUCAAGAAUAAUGCUUCAUUGUUGUCUUCGGUUAUUACUGGACUAGUGAAUGUUUUCAGCACAUUAGUCUCCAUCUACGCUGUCGAUAGGUUCGGAAGGAGAAAACUGCUUCUUCAAGCUUGUGUUCAGAUGUUCAUCUGCCAGGCUGCAAUUGGGGGGAUUUUACUUGCUGAUUUGAAACCUACAGGCACUCUUGGUAAAGCAGAAGCAAUGAUUGUGGUGGUGCUGGUAUGCCUGUUUGUGAUGUCGUUUGCUUGGUCAUGGGGUCCCCUUGGUUGGUUGAUACCAAGUGAAACAUUCCCAAUGGAGACAAGAACUGCAGGGUUUGCAUUUGCUGUUAGUUCUAACAUGCUCUUCACUUUCAUCAUAGCACAGGCUUUCUUAUCGAUGUUGUGCCAUAUGCGUGCCGCGAUAUUCUUCUUCUUUGCUGCUUGGAUACUGGUUAUGGGACUGUUUGUUGUGUUUCUCCUACCGGAGACGAAGGGCGUGCCGAUUGAUUUAAUGGCUGAAAGGGUUUGGAAGAAUCAUCCAGUCUGGAAGAAAUUCAUGGAUGAUGAAGAUAUUGAGCUAGAAACUCAAGCUUAGCACUCCAGCGUUUAAGUAGUAGUUGAGGCAAUCAUUUACGUACAAGCAUUGUUAAAUGUAACAGAACGUGGUAUUUGAUGCUUGUUUCUUUGUUGAUUAGCUCUGCUUUGAUAAUUAGAUUGUGGAUGCAGA